GCUGCGGGCCGCCAGUCCGGCUGCUGCCCCGGGGCGAUCCGGCCGGCCGGCUGGCCUGCGGCGCCCGGGCAGGGCUGGGCGAGGGCGCGCGGCGCUCUGCGCCCGAGGCUGGCGGGAGAUGCCCGGGCGCGGGGCAGGAGCGCGGGGCGCCGGCCGCGCCUCGCCAUGACCCCGCAGCAGAGGGCGGCCCUGCCCGCCGGCCCCGGCGACCAGCAGCGGCGCGGGCGGGCCCCGCAGUGGAGCCAGAAAAUGAAGCCCAUUGUGCAAAGGCGGCGUUCCACCUCAGCCAUCAGCAAAGCUCUCAGCAAGUCCAAAUCCAGUAGGGAAAUUAUUUUUCCACUGACCCAUCCUGACUAUGGGUUCCCAGCUGGGGCCUCCGGUAGCCCCACCUCCAUGUUCCUCCUGGACGAGCGAGUGCAGUUGACCAUGGGCCUACAGACUCAAGAGCGCCAUUUGUUCCUCUUCAGCGACAGGCUAGUUGUGGCGAAGUCGAAGUCUUCCUCCAGCUUGAAGGUGAAGAAGCAGGUGGGGCUGAGUGACGUGUGGAUAGGAUCCUGCCUCAACGAAGUGUCUGAGAAAAAGAUGAGCCCUGAGAAUUCAUUUGUUCUCGGCUGGCCCACCAGUAACUUCAUUGUCACUUACAGAUCGCCUGCAGUAAAAGAAAGAUGGCUGUCAAUGCUGCUGUGGCAUAUUAAUGAAAUGAAGCAGAAUGAAUAUCCCAAAAGUUUAUCAAUGCAGAUUCUGUUGAUGGAUGGUGACAAUAGCUCCUCUAACACCACAAUAAGCAUAGCCAACACAGAGACAGCCGACAGCGUCAUCAAGAAGACCACUCAAAACUUGGGACUUCUGGGCCGACCAACUGACUAUCAUCUCUGGGUAAUACCAGGAAGGGAUGGUCCUGCAUACCCGCUAAUUGGUCAUGAAUAUCCCUUCAGCAUUAUUCUCGGCUGCCUCCGAGACUCUUCAGACCAACUCCAAGGAACCAACGAUAACAUGCAGCUGUCUGAUGAAAACGAAACUCCCCUCCUGGACCAGCUCCCCAGGGAUAGGCAAUGUCAGUUCAUCCUAAGACCCAAGCCCCAUGCUCCAGUGCAGCUGCAGAGAGAAAGUUUCCAGAAACUCACCAAGAGAAAGAAGUCUUUGAUUGAUUGGGCUCUCCGCCGAAGUACCAGCACCCCAACAGGCAGCCCAGCAUCACAGUCCCCAACCACCCCACGGAAGCUCUUUGGUCUGUCCCUAACAUCUGUUUGUCCUGACGGAAGUCUUCCCAAACCAAUCAUGGAUAUUCUGAAGCUCCUGUAUCACGAAGGUCCUUCUACAAGGGGCAUCUUCAGGCGUUCAGCUAAUGCCAAGAUAUGCAAGGAGCUGAAAGAGAAGCUCAACUCUGGAGAUGAAGUGCAAGUGGAUCGUGAGUCUGUCUUUGUCGCAGCUGCAGUCAUCACGGAUUUUCUGCGAAAUAUACCUGAUAGUGUUCUAUCCUCAGACAUGCACAAUCUAUGGAUGGAAGCCAUGGAUAAAGAAAACCAAGCACUUAAGAUUGAAGCAGUCCAAAGUUUAGUGAGUCAGCUCCCAGAAGCGAACUUCGUUUUGCUCAGGCACUUGUUUGGAGUCCUCCACCAUAUUGAGCAGAAUUCAGUGGAGAACCAGAUGAACGCUUUCAACCUGGCCCUCUGCAUCGCCCCCAACAUGCUCUGGCUGCCCAGCCCCACCAGGCCUGAGGAGGAAAGCAAGUCUACAAAGAAGGUGGCCACGUUGGUGCAGUUCCUGAUUGAAAACGCAGCUGACAUUUUUGGAGGAGAUGUGGCUUCACUCUUCCGAAAACCAGAACAAGAGAAGUCAGGAAGCUUGGACGACUUACUGGCUCAACACAACGAUUCCUCGGAUGAGAUGGAAUACGCUGCUUCCUACCAGGAAACGUCAAAGCAGCACUAUGUGCUUGAAACAGAGGAUGGCCUGCUGAGCGAGGAGCAGGAAGACUGGGACUUGUUCAGCGAGAUCACCGCUUGCUACCAGAGCAAAGCCAGGAAGAACGCCAGUGCCGACAGCUGUGACCUCCUGGAGGAAAAUGCUUCCUUCUACUCCAUGGGCUCAAUGUGCUCUCUGAGCCCUGCGAGGGAUCGGUGCUCCUCGGAGCCCAGCGUGUGCUUGAGCUCCCAGCUCCCCACCCUUGGCCACGAGCCAGUGGCCCGGCAGUCCAGCUGUGAUGCCACCAUCAUGCACAGCCAGGGGGACUAUAUCCAAAGGCUCAAGUUGCUGCAGUUGGAGAGUCAGAAGCUCAUGAAUGAAAGCCUGAGCCCUGGACUGAGCAGAGCGAGAGAGAAAUUCUGGAGGCGACCCCCUGCUCCAAGUGGUAACUUGGCCAAAAGCCUUGGCCUGCAGAAGUCAAACCUGUCAAACAGGUCUAGCUUCUCCAGCCUGUCCUCUCCCACCACGUCCCCCUCGGCCUCCUCAUUGAGCUCUUUAGACAGCGCAUUCUCAUACUGUUCCGAAUCGUCUGCCUUCAGCCCCACAGAUGUCUCACCCCUGCCAUUCAUGUUUGGCACUUCUGCCAGACUCCAUGCCUUGUCCCCAAAGGUGGCAAAGAGGUCCUUGAAAGAGUGGCACAAGCCUAUGACCUCCCCUUUGCCACUGAAUCCUUGCAGCUUGGAAUUGUGCAUUGAGAAUGGGGGGCAAGACCGGGAGAGCAGCUGCAGCCAAGAGCAGCCCAAGGGCUUCAUGCCGAUCAGUGCUAGGGAAAGCCUCCAUAGUGAAAGCUGCUGGGAAGAAGAAGAGAAAGAGGUCAGGCAGGCUGAGACUCAGUGCCCUCUAAGGUCAAGCCCCAUGUUUCCUGUCCCGAGUCUGGAGAGCAUUUCUCCAACGAGUCAGCAAGUGCAGAGAGAAAGAUCAGUGAAGCAUAUAGAGAUAAAGGGCCCGGAAGCUGCCUCUUGCAGUCAAGAAAGACUGAAACGCACCAAGAUAACAGUGUACAUGGCCCCAAAAGACAGAAGUCCGCAAGAGUCCCCAGCAGGACAAGAAGAUGAGGAUGUGGCCGCAAGUACCACGAGAAGCAGCAGCUCAGAUGGUAGCAACAACCCAAAUGCUCCCAAGAAUCUACACACAGUAAGAGUUCAUAUUCCACAGACGGUGUUUUAUGGGCAAAAUACUCCAUUGGUACUGCAGUCCACCUCCAGGAGGUACCAUCACAAAUCAGUGAGCCAACCCCCAGAAGUGAUGAACCCUCAAAGUACCCCUCUUCUGGACGAGCCAGUUCAGCAGGCCGCAGGCACCCAGAGCCCUAGCAAGGAAAGCGGCGGCAGCACAUCCAGCCAUUCCUUCCGCAUCCUCCUCCCAACGUCCAUUUGCAGCACCAUCCGGCAGUACUUCAGUCACGACAGUCACAAGAGCUCCUGUUCUGCAGAUGCAGAUGCCGUGGAGAGUGAACUCAUCCGGAGCAGGGCGGAGUGGCUGAGAAACCAGCCCUGUGCUAGCUCACCCACCAAGGAACAGAAUCACUUGAUUUUUGCAGAAGAGACAUUUGUCUAGGGGCGUGUACAUGGUGAUGCCUUCACUGUGUUUUUUUUAAAUAAGAGAGGGUGGGAUGUGAAAGGGCCGUGUAAUUCCUUGGUUAGAGGAAUCUUAACAGAUUGCCUCAAUCAACACACAAGUAAAUAUAUAAUUAAUAUUGUGGGCUUUUUCUUAACUGAAUUUUCUACUGAACAAUCAGGAAAGGAAGUUUACUCGUCUUGUGCAUGAAGAGUAGUAGCCCAUGCAAAGCUUUAAACAUAUUGAGGCGCUGCAUGUUUCCUACUUGGUUGCUAUUGUUUAUAAAAUCACAGAGGCAAUCGGUGGGUUGAGCCAGGCACAAGAAAAAGUCACUCCAAAGUUCCAGGGAACUCAAUAACAGUGACAUUAAGAUUAGACUAGCCUUCUUAGAGUUUUCAUCACAUUGAAAAUGCUAGCAAAAAGGUUUUUAUAUUUUUUUAUUCCCUACCCUAAGUGAAAUCCAGAAAGAAUACUUUCACUGCAACCCAGCUACUCUGUUCUUCCUAUGUAUGUCCUCUUUCCUUUGCCUUUGUUUUUUUGUGACUUUAAUUUCUGUGGAAUAAGUAACCCACCUUGGGCCCACCAUAUGGGAAAAGACAGGAUAAAACCAUAUUAACUAAUCCUAAAUGUAUUAAUGCGGCCAUAAGCCCCAAUGGUACUUCCUCCCAGGUUGAUGGGUUUAGAAUUGCAGCCUUUCCCAUUUUCAGCUGCCGUCAAUGUACUCAGCCUUCACUUAUUUUCACCAGAACCUUCCCCAAAUACUCUUACAGCUUUGCUUUCUCCAUGUGACAUACUUACUCCAGUUGUGGCCUUUGAGAAGGAAAGUAAAUGGUGGAAGAGUUUUCUGUCUAAGAAUUCAAGUGAAUCUCCAGGUCACUUAUUUGAGAACUCAGGUGGUUUGGUUUUUGCAUAAUUCCUAAGGACACGUGGAAGUAGGAAGUAGGAAGAGUAGGGACUGGACAUGUGAUGUGGUGGAAAGAGAGCAGUUGGUCUGCUAAUCUGGAUAUGUUUGAUGGGGCUGUAUUCCUCCUGUUGAAGCACUCUUUAGGUAUUCUAGGCUGGCUGAAUUCCAUGUGUUUUAUGGGGAUGUCAUGAACCACUUUGCACAACUUAACAUGCAACUGUUCAGCUUGCCAGUCGAUGCUCCACUAGUUGCUUUAUAUGGAAGUGAGACCUUCAUCAAACAAGAACCAGCUCAUUCAGUUUUUGUUUGAUCAAAAAUCUCACUAUAUUCCUUACUUGGAUCAUUCUUUCCCUCUUCAUAAUCACAUUACUUCUUAAUUAAGCUGGUUUUUCAUAUACUUCCAUUACUUUUCAUAGACAUCUUGAACAUUUUGCCUGCUAAUUUGUGUUUAAGGAGAGGGGGUGUUACUGACUGUACACAGCUGGCUACUUCACUCUAGAACUGGCUAUGGAACCAUCUCCAAGCUCUUUUUCUGCUCUCUGGAACUCUCGGUCUAGGGCAGUGAUGCUCUGUAUUCUUGGUGUUUGGGGGGGCAAUCAGUGGGAGGGCUUCUAGUGUCCCCCGCUAGCAGACCUCCUGAUGACACCUCAUUUUUUGGCCAGUGUGUGACAGUGUUGGACUGAAAGGGCCAUUGACCUGAUUCCAACAUGGCUGUUCUUAUGUUCUUAUGGUGGUUGUAGGAAAACACUGCCAAGCUUGCCCAUCAACCAGAACCCAGUGCCCUGGUUGAGCAAAGUAUAUGUACAGCAUGUACAAAAGGCAAAGCUGGGGCAAUCUGACAGGAAUGAACAUGUAACAAUGGGGUAACUUUGGAAAAUCUCUUGUCUCCCCAAAUGGCACAUUUCCUCUGGAGUUCCCAAGCCUUAUGCUCAUUAGCUGCUGCUGGGAUGCGCUGGUGAGGCAACUUCAUAAUUGGCUUCCCUGCUUUAGUUGUGCCACUUGGCAAGAGAAGUGUGUGAGAGCACAGCUGAGAGCCCCAUCCUGUGCACGUUUCAUAAAAAAGUUGGCAGGUGUAGGCUGAGAGACAUGCAAGAUCUUGGUGAAGAGGAAGUGCUCUUUGUUGUCUGGAAAGGGAGAGGAAACUGUGAAAUGUGUGAGGCUGAAUGAAAAUAAGCUGUGGAAAGGUUUUCAAAGGUUGUCCAGGCCACGCUGGAGAAUGCUAGAACAAGGUGAGUUUGCUUUAUUUUACUGGUUUAGGCAGCUUUCUCUCUACUGGUCCCCCCGAGUCCCUGCACCGAAAGCAAAUGGCCAAUCUCUUCUUCCUUAAGGUCUGGUCACUAGAGAUCUGGGGCGGGGGGGGGGGGGUUAACCUUCAAAGAAAAAAUGAUUAUUGAGUGCUUUUAUUGAAGAAAGGAUGAGAAUUAGACCUUUGCCUCAGUGUGGGAUGGAAUCCAUUUCUCUUGGUCUGACUCUUGUUUGGUAACCUGUGCCUGCUUUUAUUCCCACCUCAUUUUGUAGCAAUGAAAAUAUAUUUGUACCACAAUCCUGUCCUUGUCAUUUUGUCUUGCACAUACAUCCAUUAAACAGAUGUUUCUAAGCCAUAGUUGUAAAUAAUUCAAUAAAAACACAAUUUCCUUUGUCAAGUGUCUACUGACUCUUCUCCAGUACUGAUGAAAAAUGCUGGUUUGGAAAUCUUUUUGUUGACAUCUUUUGUUCAUGCAGAGAUCAUAGAGGAUGUAUAGAAUUUUCAGAUUAGAAGGAAUCUCAUCUGCUUUCUGUCCUGGUGAGCAGGGGUCUUCCUUCGGAAGGGAUGUAAAGGUGUAUGAACAGGCAAUGAUAACCAUGCAGAGGAAAGAACAUUGAUUUCUGGGAAACCUUCAGGCACACCUCCUGCAAUUACUCACCACCAUGAAGGUUAGACUGCUGUGCUAUCCAAUAGUAGGGCUGUGCACGCACACGCACACACACACACACAAAUCAUGUCAGUGUAGAUCUAGGUUUCAGGGAUACCACAAAAAUUCACUAUCCUUGAAAUCCAGAUAAGAUGCUUGAACCUUAUCCCAAAUUUAUUUGGUAAUUAUUCCCUAGAGAAAACUAUCCCAGGGGAGGCAUUUUUCAGGAAAACUAAACCAGAUUUGCAGGACACCUACUACUUCCUGUUCACCAAAGACUUUCCAAAUUUCAGGAAUUUCCAAUUCUAUGGACCCCUGAACAAAGUGCCCCAGCCACUCUCCACCGUUUCCUAAGGCUUUCCAGGCAAAGAAAAACCUUAAAGCAAAGGCAACCACUGGCCAAAAGCGAGUUCUGAAUGCAAGUCCCACUCCCAAAGCUAGCUGAACCAAGAAAGCCCAACAGAACUAAACUACAGCAAGGGGACCGACAUCAAAGCAAAGACUCCCAAUGUCGAACCAGAGAAUCUUCAAACUGAAGCAAGGGGGCAAUCGCCAGAGCCAGAAUAUCUGUGACACAGAAUUUAAAAGGUAGCUGGCAGCAGUGGCUUGAAGGGCUCUCUUGGAGCUCAGAUGCAGAGGUAGGAUGAGCUUCGCGGAAGAGAAAAACAGGCAAAGAGGCAGAGCAGCAGCAAAAUGUCAGGGCAAUGUCACAAAAUGGCUUGAAGCACCAAGAGGACUCCAGCAAGGUCUGCUGCAGGAGAUCAGCACGAGGCCAGUGGGGGACAGGAGGCAGCAACCAGAGAGGCUUGGAGAGGGGCCAGCCAGGAGCAUGGGGAGCCGUGAGUACACAGGCCAAGGGGGACAGGCUUGCCUUCCUUCCCUCAUUCCUUAAAAAAGAAAGCUUGUAGAGGCCACUGGCCAGAUUUAAACCUAAUGAUGCAGCCCAUCAGAGUCUGGCCUACUGGAUCUGAACCAGGAUUCUUCAAUGUGAUCCACCAUAGCCAGAUUAUGCCAGAUCAACAUACAUCCAGUUAUUUAGCCUGUUAACAAAUUGUGGAUUACACACCUCUGUCCAACAGUCUUGCUGUUCAAGAUAAACCAUGGAUCAAGUCAGGCUUAAGAGCCUUUGAACUGCAGCCACACCACGAGCCGCCAAGUGGUCCUACUGCAGUCAGGAUUUCGUAGCACAGCAACAGCCAUGUUGUAGUACGGUGUUGAUGGUGUAUUCAGAUGUUCACAAGAGAUGAACAACAUAUUUGUCUUCUUCCAUUGAUGUUUUUGUUUGGAGAUGUUGUCAUUGUGAGACAUUCCAUUAUACCAGUUUGGCUGCCGGUGUUCCCAUUCCUUUGUUUUGUUUACGGGGUUUUAAUGAAAAAUAUAUAGUAUACGCUGUUUAUGUGCCCUCAAAAUACGGUUAAAAUUGUGUGGAAUUCUGCAUGAGAAAACAGAAACAGGGACAAAACAAAGAGCAUAUACAUGUAGCCUUCCAAUUAGGCCUUAUGUUUUAAACCUGUUUAAUUUGUACUUGUGCACAUCUAUAAUAAAUACUUUCUAAUAUA